AUGUUGAAGCUUUCGUGUAAUGUGACUGAGAAGUUAUCACAGAGCUGCUUCUUCUCCUUCUCGUCGCAUUCGGAUCCGGUACAUCGGAGAAACGUCUCCUCUGUCUCUUGCUCUCACCUGAGAAAAACCGGUUUGGAUCCUCUGAGAGCGAUUGCAUCUACCGAUCAAGGAAGCGUGGUUCAAGCAGAGCAAGGUUCGGGUACUCUCGCGGAUCGGCUCCGAUUGGGUAGCUUGACGGAAGAUGGUUUAUCGUACAAGGAGAAGUUCAUCGUCAGAUCCUAUGAAGUUGGAAGUAACAAAACCGCCACCGUCGAAACCGUUGCUAAUCUUUUGCAGGAGGUGGGAUGUAAUCAUGCACAAAGCGUUGGAUUUUCGACUGAUGGGUUUGCAACAACACCAACAAUGAGGAAAUUGCAUCUCAUUUGGGUCACUGCAAGAAUGCACAUUGAGAUCUACAAAUAUCCAGCUUGGGGUGAUGUGGUUGAGAUAGAGACAUGGUGUCAGAGUGAAGGAAGGAUUGGAACAAGGCGUGAUUGGAUUCUUAAGGACAUUGCUACCGGUGAAGUCACUGGCCGUGCUACAAGCAAGUGGGUGAUGAUGAACCAAGACACAAGACGGCUUCAGAAAGUUUCCGAUGAUGUUCGGGACGAGUACUUGGUGUUCUGUCCUCAAGAACCGCGAUUAGCAUUUCCAGAGGAGAAUAACAGAAGCUUGAAGAAGAUUCCUAAACUCGAAGAUCCAUCUCAGUAUUCAAUGAUUGGGCUUAAGCCUAGACGAGCUGAUCUUGACAUGAACCAGCAUGUCAAUAAUGUCACCUAUAUUGGAUGGGUUCUUGAGAGCAUACCUCAAGAAAUUGUAGACACGCAUGAGCUUCAGGUCAUAACUCUGGAUUACAGAAGAGAAUGUCAACAAGACGACGUGGUGGAUUCACUCACCACCACCACCACCUCAGAGAUUGGUGGGACAAAUGGCUCUGCAACAUCAGGUCACAACGAGAGCCAGUUCUUGCAUCUCCUGAGGUUGUCUGGAGAAGGUCAGGAGAUCAACCGUGGAACAACCCUGUGGAGAAAGAGAGCCUCCAGAUAA